AUGGCGCGAUGGAAGAACAACUUUGAACAUGACUUAAGAGAACUUAUCCAUAAUUUAACAGGAUUUAGGGAGAAAGAAGAAAAUUUCAAUCUGUGUCUCCAGUUUGCCACAUCCAAUGUGAAGUACCAUAGAUUUCUAGAUGUUGACAGUCACAAAGUCACUGAUGUUUUAAAUGGCACAAUCAACAAAUUUUUGAUUCAUUCCCAACAACAGAAGGCAGAUGCCUUACAGAAAUUAAGUGACGAGUUCUUAGAGGCUCCUGUCUAUGAGGGUCGUGAUACAGGAAAGACUGAUACCCAUUACGCACUUCUAUCCCUGUUAUUGCACCUGUCGAACUCUCCAACCCUCACAGAAUAUGUGGAACAACCAAGAGUCCCGAAGGAAGAAGCACCAAAAGACACGUUCGAUUGGGCAGCCUACCUAUUGGAGGGCGAACGAGAGCAGUCCCAGCAAUACCUAUCAGAUAUAGAGUCUGAAGAUGACUGGAUUGAUGAAGAUGAGGAGGACAAGGAGAAUUCUCCAAGGGGAGAUGAUCAGGAUACGUCUGAUGGUUCUGCCCCACCUCCAUUUCCUGAAGUUAGUUUAUCAACCAUACAACCUGAUGAAAGUACAUUGGUUGCUGUAGACAGCUUACCUACUGUAGAGACAGGAUUUGAUUGGCUGACGAGGAACAUCAUGGUUCAGUAUUGGUGCGGACAGAGUGCCGAUGAUACAGACCGUCAAUUUUCUAAUCUGAAUCGUGAUUGGGAGUCUUACAAACAGAGGUCCCGUCCACUGUACACCAAAAGGGAACAGACUGUUAUCACAGAAACAAAUCUAAUCAGGGAAAUUCUGUGGAUGCUUGGUGGAGUGACGGACCUUUUUAUUUUUAUCUACAAUGGCCAUCGGUUUCUGGUACGGGAGGAUGUCGUUCUAUCUCACCUGACAGAUAAUUCCUUAGAGGCAUUCCUGGAGGAAUUCAUAGAACAUGCUGCAUACAUCCACAAUCUGCUCAAGUUCCAACAAGAGGUUAUCAACCAGAGCUGUUGCUACGGUGACAGCAGUGGGACGACAAGUGGGCGUGGCAUCUGUCAGACCCUUCAAGCCUUCUCACAAGUUGUAGCUCACUGUAUAAAGAGUUUGCGACAAGAACUUACCAAGAUAGAGAAAAUUAUAAUCAAACAAGAGGAAACCUUCACCUUGGCCAUGCUGCACACCAAUCUGAAACCAUGGUUACCAAAGGUGAAGGUCAUUCAUUCAGUUUAUGAAAAAGGAGUGAAAGAAGCAGAAUGGAUGCCAGGAAACUAUCAGAAAGCCUCCCAUUUACUCAGCAUUUUGUAUGACACUGUGCUGGAGCAUGAUGCCAUGGGGAACUUCACUUCUGAAAUGAUGAAUAUGUUACUACCCAUGUGGAUCCAGACCUGCAGACCAUACCUAGACAUCAUAGAUGCCUGGGUAACUAAGGGCAACCUGCCUGAUCCAAUGGAGGAGUUUAUCGUCAAAAGGAAUGAAAAUGUCCGCUCCUUGGAUGAAAGUUUUUGGGAGACAGCUUUCACCAUCCAUAUCCCAUCGGAUCAAAGUCUGAUGGAGGAGUCACGACAAGCAGGGUCAAGGUCACUGGAUACCACUCAGGGCAAAGGUAUGAUCUCACAUUGGGCACCCAAGUUUCUACAACCUAUCCUCCUUGAGAUUGUGCUAGCUGGGAAGUCAAUGGAAAUGUUCCAAGGGCUUGGGCGCUUAAGGGAUGUCGUUGGCAAACAAGAUGAUAUUUUUUACAAGGCCACACCUUUGUACGAUACCUUUCUUGAAUCUCUAGAAAAUCUCCUGACUUCAGAAAGUUCCGAGGAAGAUGACAGCCAGGCCGAGAUGCCUGCCCUCGACAAGUCUAUCUUCACCCAGCAGAUUGAGGAUCAGAUGAACAUACGGGGGACAUAUGACCGACUGUUGAGGAUCAAUUUUGACACAGUCUUCACAGCUUGUUUGGAUAAGUUCUCUCCUGACAGUGUUACCUCUGAGAAUCUUUGUGACAGUGCUGUCCAGCUAACAAGGAAUGGUCUCCAGCCAUUGUCAGUUAUGCUACAGGAAUGUCUUUAUCCCCACAUCCAACAACAAUAUUCCAAAAUCUGUACUCACCUUGUGGUUAUGCUCAAAAAUGAGUACCACCUUAUGGAGUACCUAGCUUCUAUGAGGCGUUUCUUUUUGAUGGAAGCAGGAGACACCAUGUUUGAAUUCUAUGCUCCCAUAUUUGACAAGAUCCGCCUUCAUGAACAUUGGAGAGAUGCUUCCUCCAUCAACCUAACACUACAGGAGGCAUUACAGACUUACUUUCCAGAUGAAGUCAACAGACUGACGAUAGAGAUCAGCCCCUUGCCUUCCUCCUCAGAGCCAAACCCGAUUAAUGUCACUGAUUGUAUGACACUUCAAUAUAAGGUCCCGUGGCCUGUAGAUGUUGUAAUUAAUACGAAGUGCCAGAAAAUCUAUAACCAGGUGUUUAGUUUCCUACUGCAGAUCAAACGAGCAAAGUACUGUCUGGAUGAGCUACGAUUCUUUGAUCUGGAAAAAGAAGAUCUUGUGUAUAAUAACUCACAAGAAGAGUUACUUGCCCUUAAUGAGGAACUCCCUGCUUCAGCUCGUGUCCACAGGGUUCACGUUCUCCGAAUGAGGCUAUUAUUUUUUGUGAACAGUCUACAUAAUUAUAUCAUGACGAGGAUAUUACACAGCACAGGGCUGGAGUUUCAGACAGAGAUUGAGAAAGCGAGGGACCUUGACCAAAUCAUCAAAAUUCACAACGACUACAUCCACAAGAUUCACGAGAGAUGUCUUCUCCACAAGAAAGUCAAGUUCCUCAAAGAAGCUGUGAUGAAGGUCCUCAACCUCAUUUUGACUUUCCACAAUCUUUGGGACAAAGGCAUUCAUCACAUCAGUAUAAAGACUGUACAAGAGAUUGAGGUAGAAUUUUCUCGCUGUAUCCAGUUUCUGGCCUCCUUCCUUAACAACGUCAUCAAAAGAGGCUCAUUUCCUCACUUGGAGUCCCUCGCCUUCGCCCUGAUUACUUCCACAGAGCAUGUGACUCGACUACGACCCCACUGACCAAUGGUCAUGUGACGUAAUCAACAUACACUUUAAUAUUGUCCUGGACAGAUUCUUAAAAAUGGAGAAGUGUCCAAGUUUUCAGCAUCAGUUACUUUACAGCAGUGAUAGAAAUCAAUUUAGCACUGGUUUAUAUAUA